AGUCAAUCUAAUUUAACAAGUCAUAGUAGCAAUUUCUCGAUUCUUUCCUCAUUCAGGUUUUUUCCGCCUUUCAAACGCAAUAUACAGAUAUUUUGAUUAAACCAAUAUCAUCGAAUUUUAUUUGUGAAAUUUCAUUUGAUUCAGUUUGUUUGUGAAAUGGCAGAAGGACAAGAUGCAGCGAAUAAUAUCACUAUUACAGUGAAAACACCGAAAACAAAAGAAUCCAUUACGGUCGAUGAAAAUGCUGAAAUUAAAGACUUCAAGGCGUUGAUUGCACCAAAAUUCGAGGCUGAUGUCGAACAAUUGUGCUUGAUUUUUGCCGGUAAAAUAAUGAAGGAUAAUGAGACGUUGAAAGAGCACAAUGUCAAAGAUGGUUUGACGGUGCAUCUGGUGAUUAAAUCAAAACCGCAACCGGAACCAGAGCGGCCAGCUCGACCACCAGCUGAUGUGCGUCAAACACCAUUCGGAUUGAAUCAGUUGGGCGGUUUGGCUGGUCUAGGUGCGUUGGGCGCUGGAUCGAAUACAUUCAUGGACCUUCAGGCUCAAAUGCAAAGUGAAAUGAUGAAUAAUCCGGAAAUGAUUCGUACAGUUUUGGAUAAUCCCCUUGUUCAACAAAUGAUGAACAACCCCGAUACCAUGCGUACACUUCUAACAUCGAAUCCUCAGAUGCAAGACUUGAUGCAAAGGAAUCCGGAGAUAAGUCAUAUGCUAAAUAAUCCGGAUUUACUCCGUCAAACUAUGGAACUUGCUCGUAAUCCUGCCAUGUUGCAAGAGCUAAUGCGAUCGCAUGAUCGUGCAAUGAGCAACUUGGAAAGUGUUCCUGGCGGAUACAGUGCGCUGCAGCGAAUUUAUCGCGACAUUCAAGAGCCCAUGUUAAAUGCUGCAACCGAAUCGUUUGCAGGAAAUCCAUUCUCGGGCUUAGUGGAUAACUCUUCGGGUACAAAUCCGCAACAGGGUAGCGAGAAUCGUGAUCCAUUACCAAAUCCCUGGGCAUCACGCAGUGGUGGCAAUAAUCGUCAACAAAAUUCAACAAACGCUGCACCACAAAAUAUUCUCAAUACACCAUCGAUGCAAAGUUUAAUGCAACAGAUGAGCGACAAUCCGACAAUGAUGCAAAAUCUAAUGAACGCACCAUACACGCGAUCGAUGUUGGAAGCAAUGUCGGCCGAUCCACAAAUGGCCGCAAAUCUUAUAAACCAGAGCCCAAUGUUAGCCAACAAUCCGCAAAUGCAAGAACAAAUGAGAUCGAUGAUGCCACAACUGUUGCAGCAAAUGCAAAAUCCGGAAACUCUUUCAAUGCUUUCGAAUCCUUCAGCUCUCGAUGCCAUAAUGCAAAUUCAACAAGGAAUGGAACAAUUGCGUACGGCUGCACCAGGAUUGGUUGGAAAUUUUGGCAUUCCACCACCACCAACAGGUUUCACAACGACUUCAAAUACAUCAACCACUAAUUCAACCACAAACACUUCAAAUACAAAUACGACCAGUUCAACAACACCAUCGGCUCAAGCAAAUCCAGCACUCUUUUCGGAAUUUAUGUCACGCAUGAUGAACGGACUUUCAACGGGAAACAACCAAAAUUUACCGCCAGAACAACGGUAUUCUACGCAACUAGAAACAUUGGCAUCGAUGGGCUUUGUCAAUCGAGAAGCUAAUUUACAAGCAUUGAUUGCAACAUUCGGCGAUAUAAAUGCUGCCGUUGAACGAUUACUUGCUUUGAAUCAAUUAUCAUUAAGCUAAAUUAAACAGAAACAAAAAUGGAACAGAUAGUGAGAUAACAAUUGAAUAAUGAACCACCUUCAAGAUUAAGUGUUAUGAAAAAACAAUUUAGUUAGAGAAACAAAUAAAGCAAAGGGCAAAGCAUGGAAAAUUAGGAGAUAAAAGCCAACCCAAUAAUCCAAAUGAUUCAAUUGUGAACGAGUGCGGACUUAAGAGGCGCAGAUCAAAGUACGGGCGUGUAUAUUUUGUUAACAUUUGUCCAUCCAAGUGUGAUGUGCAUGCAUAGCUUCACAUUAACUCGGCACAAAUUCACAACUGAAACCUACGGAACGCUUUCAAAAUUUAAUAAGAAAAUAUUUUGAUUAAAUCUAUUUUCGUUUAUAUUAUUAUCCAAAUUAAUAAAUAUCCAAAAAAGGCCAUAACUCUUUAAA